CUGCCUGGCUGUGGGCUGUGGCGCAAGGCACGCCGGGAGGGAGGUCCGAGACCACUGCCUGGCUGUGGGCUGUGGCGCAAGGCACGCCGGGAGGAAGGUCCGCGGUACCCGGGGGGCAGUGAGCCGCGGUGCACGCCGGGAGUCGUAGUUCUGGCCGGAGGCGGAGGGGGGGGAUGCGGCCUCCGCCGGCCCCGGAGCAACCGCGGGACAACCAACGCCCCCCCCGACCCGAGGGCCAUGUCAGGGUCCCCCCUCCCAUCGUCGUCGCCAUCAUCGGCGGGGGGGGGGUGUCCGUCGGCGGGGCCGUACCACGAGCGGCAACGCCUGGAGCUCUGCGCCGUCCACGCGCUCAACAACGUCCUGCAGCGACCCUGCUUCACCCGGGAGGCGGCCGACGAGAUCUGCAAGAGGUUGGCUCCCGACGCCCGUCUCAACCCGCACCGCAGCCUCCUCGGCACCGGCAACUACGACGUCAACGUCAUCAUGGCCGCGCUGCAGAGCCUGGAGCUGGCGGCCGUUUGGUGGGACAAACGCCGGUCGCUGGAGCGGUUGGCAUUGGGACAAAUCCUGGGUUUUAUCCUCAACGUCCCCUCCAACGUCUCGUUGGGUUUCGUGGCGUUACCGUUACGCCGCAAGCACUGGUUGGCCGUCCGGCAAAUCCGCGGCACCUACUACAACCUCGAUUCUAAACUCCGGGCGCCCGUCGCCAUCGGAGGAGAGGUUGAGCUCAGGGCUUUCCUGCGGGAUUUCCUCUCCCAAGGGCUCUGCGAGGUUUUCCUCGUCGUGCCGCGCGCCGUGGAAGAAACCGGCGCCUGGCUGAGCCCCGAGUGACUCGGCGCGCACACGACGGGUGACGCCGACGGGUGACAACAGCGCUGGCACCGCCUGCUCUCUGUUUUGGGAUGAAACCGUGACGUUUUGGGACUUUUUCCAACCGGUGCGCGGCGCUUGUUUGUUACGGUGUGAACCCCGGAUGGUUUUGGGGAGUGGCGGGGACGCUGGAGCGCGCGCCCGCUGUCACCGCACCGCCUCGAUUCCCCGAUUUCGCCCCAAUUUCGCGUGCCGGUGUGGCCUCUGUCACCGGGAUUUGUCUGCGGGCGUGCGUGUUGUAGAGGGGUGACGGUAGGGAGCGUCGCACGCUCGUUCACCCGUGUCACGCGCCGCUCGUGCACGUCACGCACCGGGCGCUCUGCUUGUACAUGUCACCCUCCCGCCGUCCCCGCCGCGUGCCGGCCACACGUGUCACACGCCGGUUGCGCGUGUCGUAUGCCGCUUGCGCGCCUUUCCCAGCUCCACGGGGUCGUGUUUCCGGAGCCUGGUUACUCCCAGCCCUUCCCGGUGUUCGCGGCGUUGUGGCAACGCAUCACCGGGCUCGAUGGCGCUUGGCGUGACCUCGGGGUGCACGCGGCGUCUGAAUGGGCUUAAAUCCCCAGAAAAAGGUGAUUAAAAACUGCCAGUUUACA